AUGUUUCACUCCGAGGCGAAGUAUGGUCCUCGCCUGCAUAUGUACCUGUGCCACGUUAGCUCCCAUGAUGAAGUCCAUCCGGCAGACGCGCUUCGCGCGCAGGAUGGGCACUCGUGUGGGUGGGUCUCGCGGAAACACGCAUCGUACCCGCAGGAGCUGGGCUUCCGCUUUGACGGUAUCGUGUUGGCAAACACCCUACGUAUUCUCGCCAAUGAAAGCAAAAUAUCGUCGUGUAUGAUCGUUCAUGUCGCCGAGCCGACGGCACAAGAGGAGCGGGAUGGUGUGUGCGGCCCGUAUAGCAAGGCAGCCUUCAAGCGUCUUGGCCAUGUCAGCUUCUCCAACAAUGCGGCCAGUGACUACCAGGCGAGGGAGCUGAAGACCGUUGGCCUGCAGCGUUGUUGCACGUACCUGAAGCUGGUGUUGCGCAACCCCCAUCCUAACAGCUACAACAUGUUCCAGCAGGUCGGUGUUGUGGCUCUGGCGGUGCACGGUAAGCUGCUGACGAAGAUGCGGGACUGGGUCGAUACCCCACUCGCCAUUCACGUAGGAGAGCGCGCCACGGUGCCACUGGAUGAGAUGAUGCCGCCACCACACAGCGAAUACACCCCAGGCGCGCCGGCGAGGAUGACCGGCAAGCUGAUCGCCCGCGUCAGCGAGCUCGCUGCGAUGAAGCAGAAGGCCGUGGAGGAGGAGGACUUUGAUGCCGCGGAGGUUCUCAAGCAGCAGAUCAUCACCAUCGAGAACGGCGAGCGAGAGGUUGCACAGCUCGAACUAGAAAAGCAGCGUGCUGUAGCGUUGGAGAACUACAAACUAGCCAAAGAGCUCAAGCUGCGUAUCGACACCCUCCGAGUGGAAAACGAGAAGAUCGCCGCUGCCUCACUAAACACAGCACCGUCCGCCAUGGCUGCGACAGAUGCCUUUCCAUCACCGCCGCAGCGCCGUUCCCCCACGGUAGGCUCGCCAGGCAGCACCGCAGCGCAGGAAAAAGGCAACGGCACCGCUCCCCCACGCCCCGUACAGAGGGGAUGGAACGCGCAUGACGAGGUAGUAGUAGGUGGCAAGGGCUACUAUGACCUCUCUGACGCCACAGGUGGCUUGCCGGGCAAGCAGCCAAGCACCCAGAACGGCACCGACGAGGACGAGGUACCGCUCGUCGGCGACGGCGCCGCCUGGGAGGUCGCCCUCAACGCCGCCAUCAAGCGCGUCUCGACGGCGCCGGCCGGGCCAUCACCACUCACUGGAGAUGCCGCCGCAGCGGCGAAGUCUUACAUAAAGGACCUCGGUGUGUACUGCGUAGCGUGCUUGUUCAGCCGGAAGGGGCAGCAGCGGGAGGCGGCGUUGCGUGGCGCCGUGUCGAGUGACGGCUGCCAAGCCCUAGCCUCCCAUAGCACUACUGCAUGGGCGCAGCUUGUGCUGUACAUGUCUGUCAAGGGCUACGGUGUCGGGGACCAGGUGGCAGGUGCUGCCAUCGCGGCCUGCAGCGCUCUGACAAAGAUUGUGCAAGGUAAGCUGCCUGGGGCCUCGGCAAACCAGGUUGCCGAGUCUAUCACCAAGGUGCUUCCGGAGCUGACGGCGCGACUCGGCGAGUCAAACGCGCGCGUUCAAGAGAGCGUAGAGAAGGCAAUGCUGGCUCUCGCCCGUUCCCCGCUCGGCCAUCGCCGCAUCGUGGAGUUGCUGCUGGUGGACCCGGACAAACAAAACAAGAAGUCUGCCAGCGUCCGCGCGCAUGUGUCGCGUAUCAACAUGCUCAGCACCUUUGUGGACGAGUUUGGGCUCGCAUGCAACGCUCCCGAUGGCCUCGACACGCGCAGCUUGUGCUCCAUGGUACUGCUGCCCAGCCUUCAGCAUUUCAACGUCGAUGUGCGGCAGGCCGGGGUGGAUCUGUUGGCGAAGUUGCUCUUCCUAGACCCUAGCUCCACGAGCGGCUACCUGGAGGACAUUAAGCCGGUUCAGCAGGCACUCAUCGAGGAGCAGUUGGAACAAUACAAGGAGAGCGAGCUUGUUGCUCGCAGCAUUGUGCGAAAGGUGUCAGACAUGCAGGCGGACACAGUGGCUGUCCAGCCGCUCGGCAGGAGCAGUCCAGGCUCGCCACCGACACAGUCCCAGUGUUCAUCGGUGCCUCGUUCGAGAGAGGCGGAUGGCGCUGCCGCUGAAGAGGCCAAACCUCGCGUCCCCACUGCGCCGCCCUUGCAGCGGGCGCCUGCGUUGAUCAGCGAGAUCGAAUACCGCAAGUUGCGUACGUGCCAGUUCUGCGGCGAGUACAAUUCAAGCUUUGAUGAGCAUAACUUGGACUUGCACUACGUGAGUGCCUGUCCGAUGCUCUGCCCGUGCCCGCUGUGCGACCAGGUGACAGAAAUAUGCCAACUGCAGCAGCACUUGGUGACCGAGUGUGAGAAGCGGCGGCUGGUGCGAGAGUGCCCUCGAUGCCACGAGGCAGUGCGCGCAACGGAGUACAACGAGCACCUUGCGUCGAAGAAGUGCAUUGAGGCAGUGCCGACGCACAGCGUGUGCCCACUGUGCCACGAGCGCUUCAAGAACAACGUAAACGAGUGGCGUCACCACCUUGCCUCAAGUCCUGGUUGCCCAAACAACCCGCGGCAUUACGACGGCACCGGACUCGCCAUGUAA